CACAUGCCGGCGCGCCGGUCGGCGCUGCUUGUCGUACUGUCUGUUUAUCCCGUGGUCGGCGCUUUAUUUACGGCCUCGUGCGCAAGGCCGGUGAUCUCGGCCACUGCAGCCAACGCGCAGCGGCCGAAGCUCGGCGUCCUCGGCACGGUGAAGCGACACACCGGUGUGGUUGCGACGGCUGCGGAGCCACACAGCACACCGAGUUUGCUGGCAAAGCUCAUAGCGUUGGCCAAGAACAACAAGUCGAAUGCCACGACGGCGGCCGUCAUCGCAGUACUCUUCCUACUCACUGGACUUGCCGAGAUCGGAGGCGGCUGGCUCGUCUGGCAAGCUGUGCGCGAGGGAAAGCCCUGGUGGUGGGCGCUGCUGGGGUCACUGACGCUGGUCGUGUACGGUUUCAUCCCAACGCUUCAGCCGCUCCCCGACUUUGGCCGGCUCUCUGCUGUGUACGGCGGGCUCUUCAUCGCGAUGAGCUACAUCUGGGGCGUCCGCUUUGACGGACUCAAGACGGAUCGAGGCGACGUUAUUGGAAGCAUUGUGGCUCUUGUGGGUGUGGGGAUAGCGCUCCUCUGGCCAAGAGGCGGUCGGCCGGUGAAAUGAGUCGGCGUUCGUCACUGCUCUGUGCGCAUGUGCUAGAAAACAGGAGCUCUUGAGAGGCCGUCGUUUUUGCUUUUUCGCGGUACCGGAUACCGCUUUUUUUCAGUUUAG